CACACCCUCAAGCUUAAAGGGCCUGAGCCAGAAUACUCUUUUACUCCGGAGAAGAGGACCCUGCUGCGAUACUCACACAGAUUCACACACACAGACGCACCGGUGACUCUGACAGGGACACACACACACACACACGCAGGGGCACUGGGGCACGACACGGAUAUGUCACUGAAUGUCGUCCUGGAUGGACCUGCCCCAUGGGGCUUCAGACUAGUCGGGGGAAAGGACUUCAGCCAGCCCCUGAGCAUCUCCAGGAUUAACCCUGGCAGUAAAGCAGCCAUGGCAAACCUGUGUCCUGGUGACAUCAUCAUAGCGAUUGGAGGCAUGCCUGCUGAAAAUCUGAUGCACAGUGAGGCCCAGAACAGAAUCAAGGAUUGUGGCCAUCAGCUGUGUCUCACUAUAGAGAGGCCUGAGACAAGACUGUGGUCACCACACAUAUCUGAGGAUGGGAAGGUCAACCCAUUUAAAAUCAACUUAGAGGCAGAGCAACAGGAGUAUCAACCAAUAGGAACAGGCCACAACCGUCAGGCCCAGCCCUUUGUGGCUGCAGCAAACAUCGAUGACAAGCGUCAGCUGGUGAGCGCUUCCUAUAACACCCCCAUCGGUCUCUACUCUUCUGGCAACAUCCAGGACGCCAUGCAUGGCCAGAUGAGGGGCCUAGUCCCGGACAAACCCCAUAGCCCCCGAACGCUGACCUCCAUCGAGGAGUCGGAUGUGUACCGGAUGCUGCAGAAGGACCAGGAGCAGGAUGAACCCGAUGAGCCCCGCCAGUCUGGCUCCUUCAAGGCCCUGCAGGAGUUCGUCAACAGUGACGGUACUCGUCCGCUGUUGACCAGGACUGUGAGGGCUCCCACCACUAAACCUGCCGCUCCGACCGGGAACCUGCAGAAACUGCCUGUGUGCGACAAGUGUGGCAACGGGAUAGUUGGGACAGUGGUGAAAGCAAGGGACAAGUUCCGUCACCCUGGCUGUUUUGUCUGCUCAGACUGUGAUAUGAACCUUAAGCAGCAAGGCUAUUUCUUCGUGGAGGGUCAGCUGUACUGCGAGACCCAUGCCCGUGCCCGCACAAGACCUCCAGAGGGUCACGAUCUUGUGACAGCUUACACUUCUGCGUAGGACACACACACACACACAUACACUAACUGCAUACUAAGGGGUGAUACACACACACACUCCCACACUCUGGCAAUUAGGGAGACACUGCUGGCCCAUAUUUGUGAGUGGUAAUGUGACAUUGACCUAGAAAUUACUGAGAUUGAAUGCUUGUUAAUUAACUUUUCACACCGUUAGAUACACAUCAGAUUUGUCCGUAUGUUGAUGCCACAUUACUGCUCUCAAGAUAUGUCCCUGUGCCAUUGUAUAUUGGAUCUGAUUAUUUUUGGUUUCAUUUGAACAUUUGUUUGUUUGUAUGCUGUGUUUUGCACAUGUGUUGUGGAGGAAUGGAUAUUUUCCUCCAUUUCAAUUCAUUUUUUAAUAAAGUUUUAUUCUGUGUUGCUCUCA